UCGUUUAUUACAAAUUUUCAGAUCUCUCUCUCUUCAAAACCCUAAUUCCGUCGAAUUCAGUUUGAGCCUCGAAAAACCUAUCUCUCCCCCUUCUCUCUCUUCUUUCUCUCUCUAACGAUUUUCUCGUUUCAACAACGAUCCAUCAACCUUCAUCAUCCUUCAUCAACGCUCCUUUCUCUCAAACCUAAGGGUCAAAGAGAUGUCUCCUGCAUCCCGAUCUAAGUCUAAAGAUAAAAAGGCUAGCAAGGAAACUCCAAAGGCUUCUGUGAAGUCCACAGGAUCUGGCAGUGCAACAGCUGGUAUUCCAGCGAGUGCAUACAAUCCAUUAUUAGGAACAUUCCAUACUUUGGACACAUCAGCGAUACCCUCUACCUCACCAAUGCAUUCUAAUGGUCGUUUUCGGAACAUAGAUGAGACAGAUGAACAUCCUGGCAGCUUGGUGGUAGCUGGUGUUGAGUAUGAUUCUGUUUCUAACAAUGGUAGUUGGUCUGGGGAGUCUGAAGAGCAUAAAGAGAAAACUUCUAAUCCUCCUGUUAAGCCGGAAGUAGUUCCUGGAGCUGAUAAUGACAAGCGAGAGAAAAUCCGCCAAAAGAAUGAGAGAAAACAUCAACGGCAGAAGGAAAGGCGAGCACAGGAGCUGCGUGAGCGGUGCAGAAGUUAUCUUAUGUCAAGGAAACUUGAGACACUGGCUCAACAGUUCGUGGCUAUGGGAUUUUCUCAUGAACGGGCAACAAUGGCACUGGUAUUGAAUGAAGGUAGGGUGGAGGAAUCAGUUGCAUGGCUAUUUGAAAGUGGUGAUGAAGCAGAUGGUCAAAAUGAUAAAACCACAGGUAAGGGCAGUUUGAAAAUUGACAUAUCAGAAGAACUUGCUAGGAUUGCAGACAUGGAAAUUAGGUAUGGAUGUUCAAAACAGGAGGUUGAAAGAGUCAUCGUUUCCUGUGAGGGUGAUCUUGAAAAGGCUGCAGAGAUCUUGAGAGAAUCGAAACAUGAUCCACCAUCUGCUCCACCAAAGCCAGAGGAAACUGGCGAUCCUCCUAUCAUCAACAAUGGUAAGCAGUCAGGAGUUUCUGGUCUGAACCCAAGGUCACAAACAAAACCUGUUCCUUCUCUGAGCCAACUCAGAAUAGAUGAAAAAGAUUUUAACUAUACAAAAGCAGCAAUUACAAAUGGAGUAUCUUCAGAAUCCAGUAGCAAAAAUAUACAACCUCUAAAGAGAAUGCUGCCUAAGUCUGAAUGGGUAAAGCCACAACAGGCAACUAUAUUAUCUGACAAAAGGUGGCCUGGUGCAGGAUCUAAUCCUUCUGUUUCUUAUUCACUGGCUUCACCGUUGCAAGUGGCUCCCCCACCUGCUAAGACUGAAGCUCGUUAUGUGUCUGUUGGGGGUGAUUAUAAAAAUCUUCAACCUGGAGCAGCCAAGGAACCCAUAGUUGUAAUGCAGCGGCCCCAAACUCUAAAUGCAAAGCAGGUUCCAGCCUCAAGCAAUAGUUCAUCACCUCCUGGAAUGUCUGCCAGUUGGUAUCCAACUAACAGUGUAGAAGCUAUGAGGUCUAAUGUGUUUUUACCUCAAGCUCCUAGUACUAGAAAUCCUAGUCCAAACUAUCUAAGUACUAAUCAAAUGUAUCACCAACUUCAAUAUCAACCUCAACAACAAUUUGUUGCUGGCAGCAGUAGUAACUCAGUAGAUCCUCAAGCAACCAAUCGAGGGAAUAGCAACUGGAAUAGAGCGACGGGUGCGUCUCCAACGCUUGCUGCUGCUUCUUCUCUAGGUCUCUUUCCAGGGAAAGGGUCGGCAGCCACAUCAGGGGCAUCUUCUCCAGUCGACUGGAGCACUGGCGGGUCGAUGCAAUUUGAUUACACCAGCAUAGACUGGUCUUUGGAUAGAGGUUUGUCUUCACCAGGGUCAAAUGCUUUAUGGUUAGGGCUUUCACCUUUUACAAAGAGUAGGGCUCAAACGUAUGAUUCAAAUUCAAAUGCUUCCGGAGGUGUUGCUCAACAACAGACAAUGAGAUCAUUGCCCUCAAAUGGUUCAUUGCUCUCAAAUGGCAGUACUGUCCCGAUGGCUGGAUUGCAAGAUGGCGGAGCAGCUUCUGGUGAAACUUCUGCUGCUGGUUCCCGGGAGUGGAGUUCUCCUUUUGAAGGAAAAGAUCUUUUUAGUUUACCGAGACAGUUUGUUUCUUCUCCAUCUCGGUAAAAUGAUAGGGAGCUAAAAUGAAUGAAUGAAUGAAUAAAAUGAAAGAAAAACCCAAAAAUGUGUGUGGAUUUGUUGUUGGCUCUUUUGAUUUACAGUUUAUGUUUUGUUGGUGGUAAGUUUCA